AUGCUGGCGCGCAGCGUAGCGUGCAGCGAGGGAUCCUAUGGCAGCUGUAGCCUGGUAACUGAGCUGCUGAGCAGGCUCGAGGAAUUCCAACAAUGUUCUAUCAAGAACCUUCAGGAAACUGGGCUCUAUCUUCUAGAUAAUGCAUCUCCAAUUGUACUGGAAGAAUUUGAGGAACGAUGCGACCGCCUCGCCCGAGCCCUAAUAGCGGAUGGAGCGGAUGCUUUCGUUAUUGAUCCUGGCUAUAUGUUCAAGUACUUUGGGAACGUCAGUCAGCCCGAAUGGGAAGGGACAUGCCGUUCUCCAAGCCCCUGGACAUCAUACAUCAUCCUCUGGGAAGAACAUUGGAACCUGUAUGACACGUUGAAGAGCUUGAACGUGUUUCCCAGCCUCAAUCGAACCCCGCGCAUCAUGGUGGACGAGGAAAUGUGCGACUUUAUCAAGUGCGGGCUGGGGAACGCUGGAUUCGAGAUCGUCAGGCCAAUGGGUGAGGUAGAGCAUGUGAGACAGAUCCAGUCCGAAAAGGAAGUGGGCAUUCUUCGAGCUGUCAACACAGGGACCGUAGAGGUUGUGCGGCAAAUGAGGAAAUGUGAGCUGUUCCAUCCCUAUCUGCCUUCGGCGACGCAGGUGUUGCUGAACUUAGGCCUGUAUCCGGGGCUGACUGAGAGCCAAAUCGCCGAGGUUUUGGAUAACACUCUCCCUUCUGCUAGCUUUGAACCAUUCUUUGACAUUGUGCUAUUUGAUGAGAAUGCAGCGAACGCCCAUGGUGGCACCAAUGGUUCCAAGAUUCUCGAGGCAGAAACAUUUGUCCUGAUUGAUGUUGAGUUGCGGUCCAUCUUCUCGGCUAUUCAUCUGAUAUUUGUCGCACGUUCCUCCCCCCAUUUCUUGAAAAGCCAUCUGGGGAUGACCCAAUACCGCCGAGUCUGGGACAUUGUCCUUGAGGCUCAGAUGCAAUCUCGCCUUCAAUUCCGGAGACCUCGACCGCCGCAAAUGUGGACAUCGCAGCUCACCGGGUCAAUAGCAACGCAGGCUAUGGCGAUACAUUUACCCAGAGUGCGCCAUGGAAUUGGCAUCAAGGCCCAUGAAAGCCCUUACUUGAACAAGGGCAACCACGCCACUCUCCUCAAAGCCGGCAUGACCUUUGCCUCCGAGCCUGGUAUCUACCUAGUGGACAAGUUUGGAGUUCGCCAUGAGGAUAUCUUUUUGGUGCAGCGGGAUGCGGAGCCGAUUCUAUUGACCGGUAGCCAAGCGCAGGGACCCUGGAACCCUUGA